CAUCAGUGACAUCCCGUUAAAGGAAGGAGCACGGCAUACAAAUGGCGUUUGGCAUUAACAGUCUUGUGCAGUGAGUUUUCCGCUGUCUGGAUUCCCAGGGAAAGGAAUUAUAAUAAGGCUUACACUGCCUUCUCUAGCGCUCCCAAGAUUGAAAAAACAAGUUUGGAAAUCCCUGACUUUACUUUGCAGGAGCUUCUGCCUCACAAGAGCCAUGGAGCACCUAUGCUAUGGUGAAAACCUGUUCUAUUUAACAGAGCACUUAGCCAGUGAAUGUGCUGGAAGAGGGUUCCCAUCAUAAACCCGUCGGCUGGCACCUGGCUGAAGCAGUGACAUUCCUCCAACAGGCCGAUUGAUCUCAGUUCUAUGUCGUGGGGUUCCGCAGCAGAUGACAAAGCGGCGCUCUCUGUAUGACACACGUGUUUCUCCCUGUGGUUAAGUGUACUGACCACUCUGCUUCCGCCCUGUUUGAGACCCCGAAUCCCAGAGAACACAGCCAGGGAACUGAGAAAAGUGGGGAGGGCUUGCACUGGGAUUUUGCAUUAUUCCUUAGAACUUAAUUGUACUUUGAUUUUAAAACAUGAACAAGCAUUCUCUAUGAGGAUCAGGCGACCGGCCUUUAAAACCAACCCCAGCGCUCCGAAGAACCCUGCUGCUCCCUUUCAAUCAACGGUCGGGUCAGGGCAGAGGCAUCUUUGCUCCUAACUGCCUUUGACUCCUAGGGCUACUUUCCUUUUAUUCUUCCAGUGCAGCACGCCUGCGCACAGUGUGCUGGUCCCAUUCCUGGCAAGCGGCUUGUAAGAUGAGUGAAGAAGCAGCUGGGGGGGGGGGGGAGAGAGAGAGAGAGAGGGAAGCUCUGACAUUGAAAAUAGCUCACUUUGACAGAAGCAAGCCAGAGAGACAACCCUGAAUCUAUGUCAGGGGCUGCUUACCUGCAAGGUGUGCAAAGAUGAUGGCCAUGAACGCCAAGCAGCCUUUCACUAUGCACCCUGCCCUGCAGGAGCCCAAGUACUCCAGCUUGCAUUCCAGUUCAGAGGCGAUGCGCAGAGUUUGCCUUCCAGCCCCGCAGCUCCAGGGCAAUAUAUUUGGAAGCUUUGAUGAGACUCUGCUGGCCCGCGCUGAAGCUCUGGCGGCUGUGGAUAUUGUCUCCCACGGCAAGAGCCAUCCAUUCAAGCCAGACGCGACCUACCAUACCAUGAGCAGUGUCCCAUGCACGUCUACCUCCUCCACAGCGCCCAUCUCGCAUCCGUCGGCCCUAACCUCGCAUCCCCACCACUCAGUGCACCCGGGGUUGGAUGGAGACCUCCUGGACCACAUCUCCCCAACGCUGACCGUGAGCGGCAUGGGGGCCCCCGACCACACGGUGAUGUCGGCUCAGAUUCACCCGCACCACCUGGGCGCCAUGGGGCACCUGCACCAAGCCAUGGGCAUGGGCCAUCCGCACCCGGUCUCGGCUCACAACGGCAUGUCCUGCAUCAGCGACGUGGAGUCGGAUCCCAGGGAGCUGGAGGCUUUCGCCGAGAGGUUCAAGCAGAGGCGGAUCAAGCUGGGGGUGACCCAGGCAGAUGUAGGGGCGGCUCUGGCCAACCUCAAGAUCCCCGGCGUGGGCUCGCUCAGCCAAAGCACCAUCUGCCGGUUCGAGUCUCUCACCCUGUCCCACAACAACAUGAUCGCCCUGAAGCCUGUGCUCCAAGCCUGGCUGGAGGAGGCUGAGGCUGCCUACAGGGAGAAGAACACCAAGCCGGACCUGUUCAGUGGCAGCGAGAGGAAGCGCAAGCGGACCUCCAUCGCCGCCCCGGAGAAGCGCUCCUUGGAAGCCUAUUUUGCCAUCCAGCCCAGACCCUCUUCGGAGAAGAUCGCAGCCAUAGCGGAGAAACUGGACCUGAAAAAGAACGUGGUGCGGGUUUGGUUCUGCAACCAGAGACAGAAACAGAAACGCAUGAAGUACUCCGCCGUGCAUUGACUCGGCCAAGGGUAGGGGUGGGACGGGGUGGGCGGCUGGCUCUUCUAAGCCUGGACUUUUAUAUAUUUUAUUCAAAUAAAGAGCAGGGAUCUCCGUGAGGACUCGCACUCAAACCGACCGACCAACAAAGCCAUUAACUUCCCCAUCACGCUGAUUAUUCCCCCCUCCCCCUUUUCUUGUCCUGUCUUCUUGAAAACAAAACAAAACCAAGUUUCUCCUGGUUGCUCCUCGGCUGAGAUUCACUUUUGUUGUGUCUGUUGUGCACUAGAAUAUAAACCGCGUGUCACUUUUGGAAGAGUUGGAAGCUGAGAGGUACUGGAGAGGUGGGAAAAUUGUCUUGUUUCUAACACGGUUGCAAUAAAAAAAAAAAGAUAGAUUUAAGGGGAAGGGGAUGGAGAGGGGAAAUGCCCUUGAGCUGAAACCAGAGGAUACAUAUUUAUUAAGAUUUGUGAAUUAUAUUUAAAAAGAAAAAGGCUAUUUUCAGAAUGUCAUGAUUAUACCCGGAAGUCAAAUUCUACUUAGCUUUUUGUGUGAGUCUGUAUCUCAUCGCCUUGUAGGACCGGAACGCCUGGUAGAGGGACCAAUCUUAACCUGAGAUACGUGAACAAUUGUUUUAUACUCCAAAACUUUGGUGAAGAAAAGCAAAUCAACCUAUUUUUACUCAGCGAAAUACUCUGGCUGCUCUUAGUGUGAAUUUUUCUUUCCCCCUAACACACACACGCGCACACACACACAACUAUCUCCAACUAGAUUCCAGGUGUAUUGCCCAGAUUUUUUUAAUUCACCUUUAAAACAAGUUCUCUUAUUUAGUUGACUUUUUUUGACAAGAGAUUAAAUUGUGGAAAGAAGUGAUAUUCUUGCAUUGGUCUGAACACAGUUUUACGUCUCUCAGCUCCAUAGAUUCCCACCACAGACUUGUACAGUGCACUCACUUGGGUUUGCAGCCUCAGCACUGGGACUGUAUCAACGUAGAGACUUGGCGGAAUUAACAGUAGCUCUGUAACUUCAUGGGCUUGUCUGCGAUCACUUCAACAACGUCUCCCCUCGAUGUUCGUUUUCUUUUUUUUCCCAUUCUUUUUUUUUUUUAAUCCAAGGAAUUUUUUUCCGUUUUAAUUAAAGACUGUAUCUGAAUUUUGUAAUCAACAAAGUUGGUAAGGGUUCUUGUAACACAUUCGUGGUUCAGUAUUUGCAAUGAGCUUUCUCCCUCCCACACCCAUAUGUUUCAUAUUUUAAUUAUCUCAUAGUUUAUGUGCUUGUAUGUGGUUUAUUCAUUCAUUCAUUCAUUCAUUCCUCGGGAUAAAUCCUGAAACGUUGUUUUUCCUUGGAUUAACUUCUGAAAUAAAUGCUUUAUUUUUCAA